AUGUCUUUCGUAACAGCUAGACCAGGUUCCAAUUGCUACGGGCAGCUGUCAAUGGUACAAGCUGUACCACAUGACUUGAACGUGGCACACUCUGAGCCCGUAUUGGAUACCCAGGGCUACAGUGUUGUCGACGAGAAUGGAGAGGAAGUAGUGAACAAGCAGUGGCGCGGAGACUUGUACAUCUACGUCGGGCAGUUUUCCCUCAUGGAAAACAUCAAUGACACCACUACUUGGGAGGAUACACCUAGACAACAAGAUGAUCUAAGAUUCUCCGCAUACGCGGAGACUCAAGGUGAUAGGUGGCACAGGAUGUGGAAAGGUCUUUACGGAGAAACGAUCGAUGACGAUCUGCGAGGUUGUCACACAAGGAUUUUCGUACCUGCAGAAAGCUACAAAGCUGCGCUCAACAUUACUACUGCCAUCACAAGCUAUCACAGCCCCUUGUCAAACACCCAAUGGGAAACCACCAUGGCGGGUGACCUGCAGUUGGAUCAAGCCACUCAUGCUGAUCUGAUUGCUCAAGGAGAUCAAUCGAGAAACUUCAAAUACACUCUUAACACAUCUACGGCCGAUUUAAAUUUUCGACCAGGACAAAUCACUGAUCCAGACUACGAUUUCAAACACCGAUACCUCCGAAACGAAAAUCAACCCAGAGAGUUUCAAUUUCAAAGUGGCCAUGCAAUGAUUCAGCCCACUAAUGGUUCCAGCAUCGGCUUCAAAUCGACCAGUAAUAACUAUCAAGGAGGUUUUCCUCCUCGAAGGAUCGUCACUGGCAGAUCCUGGGUGGGGGAAGUAGAGACGUCACACCUGAAACCUUGA